UAUUGUUCUGAUUUCUCAGGUCGAUACGAAUGGAUUGCAUUUUGUCAAUUUUUUUGUUAGGUAUAAAAAGGUUUACUAAUUAAUUGGAAGUCAGUCUAAGAUUGACGUUCGUCUCGGCAAUUAUGUUCUCCAAAAUUUUAGCCGUCCUUGCCAUCUCAGCUGCAGUUCAAGCUGGUGUUUUGGACUACGGUCAUGGACAGGCCAGUUCAUACGCUUCGUCAAAUUUAGGUGGAGUAGGAAUAGGACACGGUUACCAAGCUCCUGCUCUUGCUCAUGGAUAUUCUGCUCCGGUACUCUCAUAUGGACAGUCUGGACACCAGAACGAAGAUUAUGAUGCUCAUCCAAAAUACGAAUUCAACUAUGGAGUAAAAGACGAACACACCGGAGACCACAAAUCUCAGCAAGAAGUCAGAGAUGGAGACGUAGUCAAAGGCUCCUACACAGUAGCUGAACCUGACGGUACCAUCCGUACAGUCCAUUAUUCGGCUGAUGACCACAAUGGCUUCAACGCAGUUGUUGAAAAAUCUGGUCACCCAGUACAUCCCGCUCCAUCCCAUGGAAAAGCCAUAUUGUCACCCGCUCCUGCAUAUUAUCAUUAAUUUUUGACGACUGAGGUGUUAGUUUUGUAUUGAGUUAUUUAUUUAUUGUUAACUGUUAUUUUUAAAAAUAAAUUUUUAUUGCAACUAAG